GAAGAGAUGGGUUUCCUCGGGUCUUCCCGGUCCUUUCUGCUGCUUAGUCAGUAAGUAGUUUGGCGUUAGCCGCAACAACAUUGUCUACUCGCCUCGGCCCUCGAGGCUUGGGCUUGGGGUUGCCUGACGGAUCACUGGGACUGUGCACACAAUCACUGCAGUUAGACUGGUCACGAGCCUAGACUGCAGUGGUCACGAGUCUAGGCUGUAGUCGUACAGCUCCACAGAGCUCCACAUAUCCCGAUUAGGUCGGGAGAGCUUAUAUAUAGAUGCAUCCCCUUCACCUGGUCAGCAACUUACAUCUUCAGCUAUUCUAUCAACCUAUUGUACAAAGUUGAUACAAAAAUAUGUCGGCCUACCAAAAGCUCGCGCUACGCGCACGCUCCUUAUCCUUGAUUGACCUCGCCGGAAUAAAAGUUGGGGAUCUGGGACCUCCUCGCACCUCUCUUUCGUCAACAUUACAUAUAUCUCGAAUCACAGAUACCAAACCUCAUGGACGUAUGCAACAUACCAUGGCUUCCAAAGGUUUUACGAUCGACUUCUCCAACAAAUGCAUCAUCAUCACUGGGGGAAACCGCGGGAUUGGAUACGCUUAUAGUCGCGCUGUUGCCCACGCUGGUGCACGAGUGGCUAUUAUUUACAGGAGCUCCAAGGACGCGCAUGAAGUAGCUGAGAACCUUGGAAAAGAAUUUGGCGUGCAAGUCAAGGCUUAUCAAUGUGAUGUAUCUGAUGCACAAAAGACAACUGAAACGUUUUCUCUUAUCGACAAAGAUCUUGGUCCGGUGACAGGACUCAUAGCAAACGCUGGCGUCUCCGUGGUUAAACCUGCACUCGAGCUGACCAGCAGAGACUUCCAUAAAGUGUACGGUGUUAACGUCCUUGGUGUAUUCAACAGCACCAAGGCCGCGGCAAAGCUGUGGAUUGACAAGAAGUAUGGCGGUUCGAUCGUUAUUACAUCCUCCAUGAGCUCUCGGAUCAUCAACCAAGUCGCGCCAAAUAAGCCAUUGACUCAAGUCUUCUACAAUUCAUCCAAGGGUGCUGUGUCCAUCCUCAUGAAAGGGUUGGCAGCGGAGUGGGCUACUUAUGGGAUUAGAGUGAAUGCGCUAUCCCCUGGUUAUGUGAACACAGAUCAGACCUCGGGUAUGGAAACUUCCGUCCUCGAGCAUCAGGCAAAGACCAUACCGCUCGGACGCUUCGCCGAGCCAUAUGAGAUGACAGGUCAGGCGGUCUUACUCCUGUCCGAUCAUGCCAGUUACAUGACGGGCGGAGAAUAUUUUGUCGACGGUGGUCACCUCAUUUGGUAAACUGCGAUACCCUCGAGGAGUUGUGCAUUUGAGUGAUAGAUUGUCGUCGAGAGCUGUGCGUUAGGCUCAUGUGGUAUCAGCCCGUUAGUUAUUAGCCUAGUUACUCAUAUAAUUCCAAGUGGUUCUACCGUUCAGGCCCAGGGCCCGGCUUCAACAAAUGCAUGAAAUUGGUCGAUAUAAGUGUGACCCGUCUGAAACAACCCAACAUCAUUGGAAAUAGAGAGG